CUAAGCAAUUGUUCUAUAUCCAGCUACUAGCAAUAGUAAGCAUGCAAAGAAAACCUAUGACGUCAAAAUGAUGUCAUGAUUGACAAAACUGCAUAGUUCUUUUCAAGUUGUGAAGUCAUACAUUUUGCUGGUUCUGCUCAUUUACCGUUCACCUACGUGUUCAUGUAGAUUUUGAACAUAGUAAUAAUUAUUUUAAAAAAUUGACCAGCCCUUGACAGAUAAAGAAAUAUUUUAUUCAGGGGCUGAAAGGGUCUUAAAUAUUAUUCAAAUUGUGAUACUUGUGGCUGAGAGCGAUUAUUGUGGCAAGUCUGAAUGUCAGGGCUCCUUCAGUCAGUUUGUCUGUGCCUGUCAGUUUACCAAAGCAGCUCACAACUUCGACUGUUUGUCAGAGGAUUUUAACAUCCUGAAACAGAAAAUUUCAACCACUUCAGGUCGAGGGCCCGGUGCACCAUCGCCUACUGUUGGUACGGCGCGGCGUGAGGCGGUCUACACACCACCAUGGCCGCGCGCCUGCGGGACCUGUACAGCCGGCUGCUGCAGCGGCACCCGGUCAUCGUCCAGUCCGUCCAGGCAGGGGCCCUGAUGGGUGUCGGAGACUUGUUGGCUCAGACGGCUGUCGAGCGGAAACGACCGUCAGAGAUCGACCUACCGCGGGUGGGACGCUUCUUCGGCAUCGGACUCUGCCUAGUGGGUCCCGGCCUGCGGCUGUGGUACGGCGCCCUCGAUCGCUACGUGGGCAGUCGCGGGGCGCGAAUAGUCAUCAGGAAGGUGGCGCUCGACCAGGGCGUGUUCGCUCCCAUCUUCCUCGGUAACUUCCUGGUGGUGCUGGGCGCAAUGCAGGGCCGCAACUGGUCGCAGAUCAAGCUGAAGAUGAAGCAGGAGUAUAGCGACAUCCUGUUCAACAACUGGAAGUUGUGGCCAGCGGCGCAGCUCGUCAACUUCUACUUCAUCCCGCUGCACCACCAGGUGCUGUUCGUCCAGACGAUAGCCAUCUUCUGGAACACCUACCUGGCCUGGAAGGCCAACAGUAGCACAAUCAGUGAGGAGAAAGAGGCGGCGCCCUGACAGUGGCCUGUCGGGGUUAGUAGUGGCAGUGGGCCGGGCUUGGCGGGUAGGUGACUGUUGAUGACAGUUGAACUGUCAUUGAUUACGGCCUUCAGGGUUAGUAGUGGCAGUGGGCCGGGUCAGGAGGGUAGGAGACUGUCUAGUGUCUGUGGAUGACAGUUGCACUGUCAUUGGCAGCGGGCUGGGUGGGUAGGUGAUUGAGGAUGACAGUUGAACUGUCCUCGGUAGCGGGCCGGGCCUGGUAGGUGACUGUCAUUAGAUGACAGUUGAACUGUCAUCGGCGGCGGACCAGGCCGGUUAGGUAACUGCGGCACAUGAACUGCCAUUACCAGCGGCCGUGUCGGGGUGACGCCCUUUGCCCGACGCCCGCAUGCUGCCUGAUGCAGAGGGAGAUUAUCUUGGGACGUCGGCGCGUACGCUUCUCAGAUGGUUAGAGAGACGCGCCGAGGGAUGCUUGGGAGAUGGACGAGCCGGCGUGGGCCGGGUGAGUGGGUAGGUACUGAUGCGGGGCGCACACAGACGGGACACCCGCGCUGUGGGGGAUGACUGGGGCGGCCGGGUGAUGUGGUACCCCGUACAGCGUUAUUGUGACGCUCAGGGGCUGCCCGACAGUUACGAGCUCAGUGCUGACGGUCUAUGGCCGGUGCACAGAAUCAAUGCAAGGGCUACAGCGCGCUGUCGCAUAAUGUGGAUGUGACUGCUCGUUCCUAUGAGGGUGAAAUUGUGCACUGUCGUUGAAUCUGGGAUCAUAUCGGUGUCUAAGCUGCUGAGUCAAUAUUUAAAGUUAUUAAUUUAAUGCAACGAUGGUAACUGUUGAUCUGUGCUCGGCACAUUCACAUUGAACAGACAGAUCCUCUUCGAAAUCGUACGUUGAGAAGCAUUGCAAAUGCUUUAAAUUCACAUUGAUAAGGAAAAGUAACUAUGUUGCCUGAUAUUGCUAAGCAUGGCUUGAUGAAUGGGCUCAAAAAUGAUUGCCAGGAUUUUUCACAUGACUCCUACGAUCCGAAAAUGAGAGUAUGAAACGUAAUGAAGCCGAUAUUUCAAAGUGUAUCAUAUGUAGUGUGCAUAAUGCGAUGCCUACAAGACACGGGUCACAGCUUCAGAGCAGUUCGCCGGGUUCCUGACCGAAGGAUUGACAAUCAUUGACACUUGCAGAUCUGUUAUUGACAUAUGAAAUAUGUGCUGGGCUUAUCUUUCUUACUGGAUAUCCUGCGUAUGUCACAUUUGCAUUGGCUUGUAUUGUUUUAAUUCAAUGGUUUCAAAAACAUGAUGAUGUUUCGUUUUUUUAUACCGAUGCAUUAAUAUUGUACAGGGUUUAUUGAAAAUAUCAUUUGACAGUUAUAUCCACAAAAUGAAUGUGUUUCGCUGUAGGUAUGUUGGUUGCGUAGACAUUCAGGAAACCUUGGUGAAUAUUUUAGUAGAAAUAAUGGGCUUUGUGUGAAGACUGAAUGACGCAUUGCUGGCAGCGUGUGCAAGUACGAUGAUAUUUGUGUGAUUCUUUGUUUGAAGCUGGGCGAAAUACGCACAGCUCUUUUUGCAAUACAUUGAGCGACCAUUAA